CAAGAGUAUAAUCAAAACAGUUGAUGCACCAGCGUAAGAUUGCCAGCGUGCGAAUAGUGGAUGCAUAUAAUAGAGAUUAUAUUUUAAAGAUUUUUUUAGUUUUCAGUAGUAAAUAAUCAAAAGGAGGGUGCAGGGGGAGGACUUGCUGUAAGCGAACAAAUCAUCGUUUUCCAUUGUUCUUUCAAGGACAGUUGUUUAAUUAGGACUUCAAGAACGCUUCACAUACGACUAAACACUGCAAGAGAAGAAAUUGGAGGUACACCCCCCGGCAGAUAUCCCAAAGCAGUAUUAUCUGCCUGCUACAGACAUGUCACUGCUGUUUUCUGGAGCAGUUACGAGUUCACCAAUUAGAAAGAAAGAGCCACUCGCUGACCAGUCAUGUAAUAGCCUGGGCCAGUACCUGCUGUCCCCCGACUCAUCAUACGAGUGCUACUCCGUCAACCCCCUGACCGGAUCGCCCUGCUCCUGCCGCCGCAGCCCCCGCCUCCUCUCCAACGGUUACUACGUCCUGACGGAAGACAGCUUCAUGUGCGACGAUGAGGGCAAUCUCUCCCUCACCCCUUCCAAAACCAACAUCUCCUAUAAGGAAAACCUGGUCAGGAUAUUCCGGCGUCGGCGUAGGCCACGCAGGUCUCUCGCCAGCCUGUUCAACAUGUCCUGGCUGGACCGCGGCCUCUUCGGAGGGGUGUGCCGCGCACCCCUCGCUGAGUCCUCCUGGGUGGAGGACAGUGUGACCGAGGGCGAUGACACCCGCAACUUCACUUUCGACCACAACCCCGUCCAACCCCCUCCAAACAAGCCCUCCCAGAAGCUCUGGCUGCAGGAGGAGACCUGUACAGAAGCUUCCUUCUCUCAGGAGCAGUUCAGCCAAUCACUGGGAGGCUUUCUGGAUGUCCCGCCUCCCUCACCUUUCCUUGCACAAGACUGCUGCCUCCGUACCCCUCAGCCAGCAGAUUCAGCUAUUGUGAAAGCCAUUUUCUUCAUCGUAUUGAUGGUCUGCCUGUUUAGUAUUGUGUUCUCAAGGUGGCUGCCUGGGGGGCUGGCAGUGGCUUCCAUCACCUUCACUUUGAUUCUAACAUCAAUCUUCCUGUCAAAGUCUACCUUCAGAAGUUCAGGGAAGUGGCGCACAGCCAAGACAGAGGAUAUCACCUCAAGGAAUGAAUAGAGGACUGUGGACUGGAUAAUAGAAAGAGAAGAAUGAACAGAGCCAAAAGGAAAGUAAAGAAAUACAGAAGGAAAAAAGAAAGUGUUUGUGGUGUGUUUUGUAGGUGAAAUGCAUGCGGGGUGCACAUGGUCUCAACGUGCCAUUCCAAGGGAAGACCUUUAUGUGGCAUUGCUGAGAUCAAUGGGGUACUGAAAGGAUUAUUUCAAAUACUUACCCAUAGUAUUUAAAAUAUGUCCAAUUGUAAUUGUUAUCAAUAUUACCAUUGAUUGGUUGAAUUACCUCAGUAAAGAAUAUUUUAAAGUAUAGCAUAUUAUUAGUGCACUCUUAAAUGUUAAAUGUUAUUGUAGAUAGAAUACCUUGGCAGUUAUGGUUACUCCAACAUGACCAGAUUUUUUUACCUCUAGUUUCUUACAUACAAUGAUCUUAGACAUGCAGGUCUGUAAAUAAAUGCCAUAAUGUAACCUGUUGUUUUGGGAAAUCUCAUAAAAAUGCAAAAAUAGAAUUUGACCUGCUACUAGUACACCAAAAAUGAGCAGAAUAGCCACACACUCACAGUGGGUCAAGGUUAACACUGUGAAAAUACCUGCCAUUUAAUUGUAAUUAUAAUGAAGGAAUAGCAAAUGUGUGAGUAUUUUUUCCUGUGGAAAAACAACAGGUAUAGUGCCUUUAUCAAUGCACAUAAAUGCAGGGACAACAGCCCUCAAUGCCACAAUGUGCCUGCUAGCAGAACAGGGCUACCAGUUUGAAUACUUGUUCUGAGUCAGAAUUGCAAUAAGAUUAAUCCCAAUUCUAUUGUUAAAUAAUAGAGCAGAUACAGGCAUUAAUAUAUGUAAAGUAGGGCUAAUAGUUUUGCAGUGUUUGCAAUAACAGGGAUUUCCCUCUCUAAACAGAGGCAAUUAAGGACAUAUCACUAGUUGUAGAUGGCACUUAUUUAAAAGAAUUAGAGGUAUUGAUUCAAUGGGCACUUGGUUGGAGUUGAUAUGCUAUUGACUACUCUUUAAAGUCACUUUAUUGUUAUUAAUACACCUAAAAAGGAACCUGUUUAGCACAGGGCACUAGUAUAUUGAGGAUUUUACAUGUGCUCAAUAUUUUGUAAUGUGAAGUGAAAAAAAUAAUAAUAAACAUGUUUGGGCCUCCACAAUGCCAAGAUUGUAUUAAAUCUAGUAUGAUUACAUGAAGGAAUAGAUAAUUCUACUGUUACUAGUUAAUAGUUUUAUAGGAUUUAUGUCACCAGCUACCAGUAGUCAGCUUAAUUUAGACAUUCUUUUUAUUACACAUUACACCCUACUAGAGAUUUAAAACUACUCACAGGAAUUUCAGUUACUGGAAAGACAAUUUUCAAUCUACAUAUUUUUACAUUUCUGUAGACAAUAAAACAUUUACAGAACAUAUGUCAAUUGAAACAACUAUGUAGAUGUUAAACAUAUCUACCCUAUAAGCUUUUGUGGACAUAAAUAUUAACAUGUACAUUUUAUUCAGCCUUAAAAACAUUUAAUUGUUUGCACAAAUAAAAUUAUUAGCACUGAAGUAAUACUGAAUGUAGUUUCUCAGAAUAUUAUGAGAUGUAUAUCACUUCCUUGUCUUUGAGGCUGUAUAAAUAAAUGUUAAUUUUGAUAAUGUAUUUUUGAAGUACACUUUUUUUCUAUGAGAAGUGCUGUAAUAAUUUUAUAGCCAAAAUGUUUUUUUCUUUGUGAUUAUUACUUUUUGCAUACUUUUCCCAAAGAUAAUUACUGUUAUAUUAUUUUUCAUAGUCUACAUACUGUAUAUGCAUUAAUGUUCUAUCAAAAAUCAUCAAUGUAUGGUUUUUUUUUCAUGGCUUUGAUAUGUCAAAUGUAGGCCUACUUUCUGCGGGUUUUAAAAAGUUAACACUUCAUGUGUGUUUGUGAAUAAAUAGUAACUAGUUUUAGUGGCUUAAAAAUACAUUUUUUUCAUAUCAGUAGUGUACUUCUCAAUUUCAGUAGUGUGUUCUCAAUUCUUUUGCAUGUUGAAUAAAACGUCAAGCUAUGUGGGAGCUUGCAAGCACUGAAAAAAUUAAAUCCUAAAGAUUCUUCAAAAUUUAGCUAAAUAAUUAUUUGCUAUCAGAAUAGUGAUAUCUUUAAAUAUUUAUUGAGAGAAGUUAUGUCUAUAUAUCUAAUUUCCUUGAAAACAGAAAAUAGGGUUAAAAGGAAUAUGACCAUUCCAUUUUUUAAUUCUUGGUCAAUUAAUCUUUGUAUGGUUUUAGGAUUUAAUCUAGUCUUUCUUGACAUACCACAAAUUAUAAAUUGUGAAAUUAAGGAGGUUUAUAGAACAAGUUCCAUAGACCUCCUUGAUUAAGUGUAUGAGACAUCAGCUAAAUGUGCAAUUUAUGUCUUGCAAAUAAAUAUUGAAAUGUUA